AUGGCAAACGACCAUUCUAUGGAAAGCGAGUCCGCAUCAUCUACAAACCCAGAACACAUUCCUGAAAAUUCCGUUUCUUCCUCUGAGGGUUCAUCUUCGCGAGCCAGUUCGUCUCCAUCCGAAGCUUACACGCCAACCCGCACUGCCUCAUCAGACACCCAGGCAGAUUCCACGGCGCCAAAGAAAACUGACGAUGGCCUCGCACGUACUAAAUCUCGACACAAAGCCUCCGGUCAUGAUCCUCAGGGAGAGGAAUGGGCCCAGAUAGAAAGACUGAUCUCACGGAUGUUCGGCCCUGAGCGCAAAGCAAAUUCCGAAGAAGAGAAAACACGUCAUGUUGGAGUUCUAUGGAAGAACCUCACUGUAAAAGGUGUCGGCCUCGGAGCUGCUCUACAACCCACCAACGGGGAUAUUUUUCUCGGCUUACCACGGCUCAUCAAGCAACUACUCACUCGGGGCAGAAAAGGUGCCGGGGCCAAAAAAGCAGCGAUACGAACUAUCUUAGAUGAUUUCAAUGGUUGUGUUCGUCCGGGGGAGAUGCUUCUUGUUCUGGGCCGCCCUGGCUCUGGCUGUUCCACUUUCUUGAAAAUGCUUGGCAAUCAACGAGCGGGCUACGAAAGCAUUGAAGGCGAUGUGCGGUAUGGCGGCACAGACUCUGAAAAAAUGGCAAAGGAGUAUAGGUCAGAAGUCUUGUACAACCCUGAGGAUGAUCUCCAUUAUGCAACUUUGACUGUGCGAGAUACACUGCUUUUUGCCUUGAAAGCUCGAACCCCCGACAAAGCCUCAAGAAUACCAGGAGAAAGCCGAAAGGAAUACCAGCAGACAUUCUUGACCGCCAUAGCUAAGUUGUUCUGGAUUGAACAUGCUCUGGGAACCAAAGUUGGGAACGAACUCAUUCGUGGAGUUUCUGGGGGUGAGAAGAAACGAACCUCAAUUGCGGAAGCUAUGGUUACAAAGGCUAGUACCCAGUGCUGGGACAACUCUACCAAGGGUUUGGACGCCAGUACAGCGCUAGAGUAUGUUCAAAGCUUGCGAAGUCUAACAAAUACCGCCAACGUUUCAACGAUAGUAGCUCUCUACCAGGCAUCGGAGAAUUUAUUUGACCUUUUUGACAAGGUGAUCUUAAUCGAAGAGGGAAAAUGCUCUUUCUUCGGCCCUACCCAGGACGCAAAGGCCUAUUUCGAAGGACUGGGCUUUGAAUGCCCCCCGCGUUGGACAACUCCCGACUUUUUGACUUCUGUCAAUGACCCCUAUGCGCGGCGUGUCAAAGAUGGCUGGGACGACCGAAUUCCUCGGAAUGCAGCUGAAUUUCAAGCUGCAUAUCGCAAAAGUGAUACUUACCAAAGCAACCUAGCGGAUAUGAAAAGCUUUGAGGGCGAUAUCGAAAGCCAAAGGCAGGAGAGAGAGGCUGCAAGAAGUGAGGCCAAACGAAAAAACUUCACCAUCUCAUUCUACAAACAAGUUAUGAUUCUCACACAUCGUCAAUUUCUGGUAAUGAUUGGUGAUAGAGAUUCGUUGAUUGGAAAGUGGAGUAUGAUAACCUUUCAAGCUCUCAUUAUUGGUAGUCUAUUUUACAACCUUCCCGAUACAAGUUCUGGCGUUUUUACUAGGGGUGGUGUGAUGUUCCUUAUACUGCUUUUCAAUUCAUUGCUUGCUAUGGCAGAGCUGACAGCAGCAUUUGGGAGCCGACCAAUUUUGAUGAAACACAAAAGCUUCUCUUUCUACCGGCCAGCAGCAUAUGCGCUUGCCCAGGUUGUGGUUGAUGUGCCUCUCGUGUUCAUACAAGUCGUUCUAUUUGAUAUCAUAGUAUACUUCAUGGCAAAUCUUGCUCGAACACCCUCACAGUUCUUUAUAAAUCUGCUUUUCAUUUUCAUUCUCACAAUGACUAUGUACUCCUUCUUUCGUGCCCUGGGGGCUCUAUGUGCCUCAUUGGAUGUUGCCACCCGCCUCACUGGUGUCGCCAUACAGGCAUUGGUUGUGUACACAGGCUAUCUCAUCCCACCGUGGAAAAUGCACCCAUGGUUAAAGUGGCUCAUUUGGAUCAACCCUGUCCAAUACGCAUUCGAGGCAUUGAUGGCCAACGAGUUCCACAAUCUCCAGAUCAAAUGUGAAACGCCCUACAUUGUGCCUGAUGGGCCAAAUGCUGUGCCUGGUCACCAGUCAUGUGCAAUACAAGGCAGUGAUAUAGACCAGUUGAUCGUUCAUGGUCCCAAGUAUAUCCAAACGGCGUACACUUACUCCAGGGCUCACCUGUGGCGGAAUUUCGGCAUCAUUACAGGAUGGCUUAUCUUUUUCGUCUGCUUGACAAUGUUGGGAAUGGAAUUACAGAGACCUAAUAAGGGCGGCAGCUCGGUCACGGUGUUCAAAAGAAGUGAAGCCCCCCAAGCAGUUCAAGAUGUCAUCAAGCAAUCCGGCCCCCGAAAAGAUGAGGAAUCCACAGAGGCGGAUGGCGCAGCAUCCAACGAAAACAACGGCGACACGAGUGUACCUCAUGAAAAAGUCCGGGAUAUUGCUACAAACACGGCAAUCUUUACAUGGCAAGACGUUGACUACACCAUUCCAUACAAGGGUGGACAGAGACAACUUUUGCAAAAUGUUAAAGGGUAUGUCAAGCCUGGUCGGCUGACUGCAUUGAUGGGUGCUUCUGGCUCGGGCAAAACCACCUUGCUCAAUGCGCUAGCACAGCGCAUCAAUUUUGGCGUGGUCACCGGCAACUUCUUAGUUGAUGGGAGGCCUCUCCCAAGGAGCUUUCAGAGAGCCACGGGAUUCGCCGAGCAGAUGGACAUUCACGAACCCACUGCUACUGUGCGGGAGUCUCUUCGGUUCUCCGCUCUGUUGCGGCAGCCGAAAGAAGUCCCAUUAAAAGAAAAGUAUGAUUAUUGUGAGACAAUCAUUGACUUAUUAGAAAUGCGUUCCAUCGCCGGGGCAAUUGUUGGAUCCAUGGGCUCAGGCCUCAACCAAGAGCAGCGCAAACGACUCACAAUUGCAGUUGAACUAGCAAGUAAACCAGAGCUUUUGCUAUUCCUAGAUGAACCCACGUCAGGCCUCGAUUCUCUGGCCGCGUUCAACAUUGUACGCUUCCUUCGCCGACUCGCAGAUGCCGGUCAGGCCAUUCUCUGCACAAUACAUCAACCUUCUGCUGUCUUAUUCGAGAACUUCGAUGAGCUCUUGCUACUGAAAAGCGGUGGAAUUGUUGUUUAUAAUGGGCCCCUUGGAAACGACUCCAAGACGCUGAUUGAUUACUUUGAACAAAACGGCGGGAGGAAUUGCUCACCACAUGAAAAUCCGGCAGAGUAUAUGUUGGAAGUCAUUGGAGCCGGAAAUCCCGAUUAUAAGGGACAGGACUGGGGUAAUGUAUGGGCCAACUCGCCAGAAUCCAAACAGCUUUCUGGGGACCUUGAAGGUAUAAUCGCCUCUCGUCGCAACGCUCAAAAUGACCAGAAGGUUGACGACGAUCGCGAAUACGCGAUGCCUCUCUAUGUUCAAACAGUCGCAGUCACUAAGCGCGCAUUCGUGGCUUACUGGAGGAUCCCAGACUACAUCCUUGGUAAAUUCAUGCUCCACAUCUUUACCGGCCUUUUCAACACCUUCACAUUCUGGCAUUUGGGAAAUAGCUUUAUCGACAUGCAAUCACGACUUUUCUCUGUUUUCAUGACCUUGACGAUAGCCCCACCGCUGAUACAGCAACUCCAACCACGAUAUAUUCAUUUUCGAGGCCUUUAUGAAUCUCGAGAGGCUAACUCAAAGAUCUACUCUUGGGCUGCCUUUGUGACGAGCACAAUCAUCCCAGAACUGCCAUACUCGGUUGUUGCCGGGUCCAUUUACUUCAACUGCUGGUACUGGGGAACUUGGUUCCCGCGCGACUCGUUUACCUCCGGCUACGUUUGGAUGUCGAUGAUGCUUUUUGAACUAUAUUAUAUCGGCCUUGGUCAAUUCAUAGCUGCAAUUGCACCAAAUGUGCUAUUUGCAAGUUUGCUCGUGCCAACUUUCUUUACCUUUGUUGCUUCCUUCUGCGGCGUUGUCGUCCCUUAUGUCGCAAUACCGCAUUUUUGGCAAGCGUGGAUGUACUGGCUUACGCCUUUCCACUAUCUGCUUGAGGGAUUUGUUGGAGCCAUCACCCAUAAUGUCCCCGUGCGGUGUAUUGAGCGCGAAGAAUCCCGCUUUAGCACUCCACCUGGCAUGAACUGCCAAGAAUAUGCUGGGUCUUAUGCCGAAAAAUCCGGUGGAUAUGUCCGAGACAUUGGGAAUGGAAUGUGCUCAUUCUGUCAAUACUCAGUCGGUGAUAAUUUUGCUAGUAGCCUCAAUGUUUUUUACUCGCACAAAUGGAGAGAUUAUGGGAUCAUCUGGGGAUUCAUUAUCUUCAACUUUGCUGUUGUUUUCAUCUUCUCCUGGUUGUAUUUGCACGGUAUCAGCGACGUGAAACGCUGGCUCAGUGCGCGUAAGACGAGAAAGAGCAAAGCUCGUCCUUGA